UUGCCUUGACGCAUCGUGGGACGCUCGUUCAUUUUAUUCGCGCCGUAUUUUUUUAAUAUUUUCAGAUUUUCUCUCCAAAGCAAUGUCGGGCAUAGCUAGCGCUCGUUUAGCUGAGGAGAGAAAAGCUUGGCGGAAGGAUCAUCCUUUUGGCUUUGUCGCCAGACCGAUGAAGAACCCAGAUGGAUCUCUAAACCUGAUGACAUGGGAAUGUGCGAUUCCGGGAAAAAAGGGGACCCCCUGGGAAGGUGGACUUUACAAGUUACGUAUGAUCUUCAAAGAUGAUUACCCAUCAAGCCCACCAAAAUGCAAGUUUGAGCCACCAUUGUUUCAUCCAAAUGUUUAUCCGUCAGGAACGGUGUGUCUCUCUUUGCUAGAUGAGGAGAAGGAUUGGCGUCCGGCAAUCACAAUCAAACAGAUCUUACUGGGCAUCCAGGAUCUACUCAAUGAACCUAAUGUCAAAGACCCUGCACAGGCUGAGGCAUAUACAAUUUAUUGUCAAAACAGACUAGAGUAUGACAAGAGAGUACGGGCACAGGCACGCGCAAUGGCUGCUACAGAGUGAAGACUAAAUCACCAGGAAUGUUUGUGGGGCCAUGGCCUCACUGCAGCUUUACUAUACACAUUUCAACACUUCAGACAUCCUAGUGUUCUAUACUACUAAUGAAUUGUCGCAAUUUUUAACAGCAAUAAUUAAGGGUUGAUGCUACUUUUGCAGCACUCACACCUAGUUAUCCUUUUUAAUAGGAGUUCAACACAAGUUCAAAGAGUGUGAAUUUUGAGCUAUGAGCUCAAAUGAAGCGAGGUCAUGGCCUAGAUUUAGAUAUAAGUGCAAUUGAACCAUUCACUGUAGUGAAACAUUAUCAUUUGCCAUAGUUUGUGGUUCAAGAGCUUCUAUUUAAUAGACUUAGCGAUUUCAAUCAACAGUUUCAUAACUUGCUGUGCUGCCUUCAGUUCACAUAUUAGUAUUAAUGUCAGUGUAAUAUUUAUUGUUUAUCUUCAAAGCAUUUCAUAGUAAGAUAGCAUUGAAACAGGGAUGUUUUACCGAUGAUGUACACCAUCUGUUGAAACAAGACAUAAUGUUCUGCAAAUGGAGUG